CAAAUUCAAACUGCAUUUUCGCUUCGGCUCGAUCAGAGUUUCGUGGAGUUUUCGCUCGAAUCUCAGCAACAUUCGACUUACAAAUUGUAUAUUACUAUUCAUCAACUAUUCGGACAACAAAUUAUAUUUCUAAACUAAAGCCGCGUUCAGUUAAAAAAACACGCGAUCCAAAAGUCGAAAAAGAGAUAUAAGAGCCAAGCGUCUGCCGAUCUUUGUGUUACUUGUGUUUGUAUAGAUAUAAAAAAAUAAUCAAAAUGGUGGGCACGACACUGAAAAUGCGCGGUGACGAGAACGCUUCGGAGAAUUUCAAGCAAGUGCAACUGAAAAAAUUGACGGUGCCUUCGCAGGAGGUAACAACAAAACGCGCUGCUUUAGGAGAUUUGCAAAAUCGCGGCAUAAACCGCGCCGUUGCUGCGAAGGAUGCAGCGCAGAAAGAAUCCAAGGAUCUUAAGCUCACAGACGCCCUGCGCAAUGCCAAGGCUCGAGUGGACACUCACUGGAAGAAACAGGUCCUGGGAACCACCACAAAUGGCAAUAACGCCGCACCGCCCAAGGCGAAUGAGGGGGGCGUGUCGGCCUUUUUGCGCUCGAAUUCGGUACGCAAUCGCGUUCCUACCAAGACGACUGUUGAACCCACCAAGCUUACAGCCAAACCGAGUUCCAACGAGAAUGUUAACGAACCUACUCUCAAACGCGAGGACAGCAAUCUGUCCAAGAAAUCGCUUACCAAGUUGAGAGCCGCAUUGGCUAAACCCGUGAUGGGAGUUUCCGGCAUUCGUCGGGAGCCAGUGGUCCGUAAAGAGGUGGAGGUCAAGAAGGACGUGCCGGAAGUCAAGAAGGAGGUGCCCGAAGCCAAGAAAGAUGUGCUCAGGAUGCCACUGAUUAAAACCAGCAGUGUUGUCACUACAACCACCUCUUCGUUGCCAACCACCAUGUCGCUUUCGAGCAAGCGCUUGGCUGGAAUCGAAGAUAUCGAUGCCAACGACAAGGAGAACCUGGUUCUGGUCUCCGAAUAUGUGAACGAUAUCUACGACUAUUUGUACCAGGUGGAGCAGCAGCAACCCAUCCACAAAGACCACUUGGCCGGUCAGAAGGAGGUGUCCCACAAGAUGCGAGCUGUGCUGAUCGAUUGGAUCAACGAGGUCCACCUGCAGUUCCACCUCGCUGCAGAGACCUUCCAGCUGGCAGUGGCCAUCAUCGACCGUUAUUUGCAAGUGGUCAAAGACACCAAGCGCACCUACUUGCAAUUGGUGGGGGUAACAGCUCUUUUUAUUGCCACCAAGUACGAGGAGCUGUUCCCUCCCGCCAUCGGGGACUUUGUUUUCAUCACUGAUGACACCUACACAGCCAGGCAGAUCCGCCAGAUGGAGCUGCAGAUCUUUAAGGCGAUCGACUGUAACCUGUCCCGUCCGCUGCCGAUUCACUUCCUGCGGCGCUACUCGAAGGCUGCCGGCGCCGAGGACGAGCACCAUGCCAUGUCGAAGUACUUCAUCGAGCUCGCUUCUGUGGACUACGAAAUGGCCAACUACAGGCCAUCAGAGAUUGCAGCUGCCUCGUUGUUCCUUUCGCUGCACUUGUUGAACGGAAAUUACCGGGCUGGCACGGGAUUUAAUGAUCGCCACUGGACACCCACUCUGACCUUCUACUCGCGCUACUCAGCCGCUCAUUUGCGACCAAUCACCCGACUGAUUGCGAAGUUGGCCCGUGAUGCUCCCCAGGCCAAGCUGAAGGCCGUCUACAACAAGUACCAGGGCAGCAAGUUCCAAAAGAUCGCGCUGCGAGCGGAGCUGACUGGAGCCCUGAUGGACUCCAUUGUGAGCCAGAGCCAACGGAAGUAGUCGGGGACAGGGCGGAUUGAAAGACCAGAUUUAUUUAGUUUAGUUUAAUUUGUUUUCAUUUUUUAAAUUUGUAGCGUAUUCCAUAUUCUGUUCGUUUCGUGUUCGUUUUAAAAUGCGUAUAAAAACCGUGGUCGCAUAAUUCCAACCAUCGUCAUCAUCGUUAUGAUAAUCAUAAUUAGACAUCGUAAUCUGCUGGAGUCCCUUGAGCAGUUUUUGCCCGCUGCCAAGAGCUGGCUCCGGCUUCUUUGCCCCUGGAGCAAAUGUUGCCGGCGAGUUGGCCGCUGGUAGUGAGUUCCUCCGGGAAAACAGAAAAAAAAACCCGGACCAAACUGAAGCCCGCCUGCUCCUCCCGCUGGGUCCAACUUCUCAGUGAGGAGCGAGUGGCGAGCGGUGGACACCGAGAGAGAGUGGGCAACGAGUUCAUUUGCUGGCCGAACACAUCGGCGUUGUCUCUCCAAGAACUAUAUUUUAUAAACAUUUAUACGCGUGGAACCAUUUCACCACUAUUACUAUUUGUAUUUGUAAUUAGUUUUAAAAUUUGAUGGGAAAUUUGUCGUUCUGUGCAUUACGAAUAAAUCCGAAAAACUUGUGCAAAAAUGUUUCCAAACCUCCCAUGAGACUUAGUUUAUUUGUAAUUUAUACCAUGUAUUCAACAAAUUCAUACAAAAGCCCCUACGCUAGUUUUAUUGUUUACUUUGAAAUAAGCAAAUACAAACUUUUAACCAACAUUGAUGUUUAUAAAAAUAUCUCUGAACAAUACAUAGCAAAUAAAGAAUUGUGUAAUUUUA